UCAUUUGCACACGGAAAGAUGCGCACUGAUCAUUUGCACACAGAAAGACGAGAGAUCCGGAUUCGAACCCCGGCUGAGGUAUUAUUUUUCGCAAUAAAUUAAUGUACAGUUUUUUGGGGAAGGUAGGAAGAAAGGAAGAAAGGAUUGUAAAAUGCGCUUGAGCAUCGAAAUUUAGCUUAGUUACUGUGUCUUAAGUCUGACGAAUCCUGUCGGCGCAGUUUAAAAUAAAGCUAAGAAAAUUAAAUUUAAUUUAAAAAAAUUAUAUCCAUUACUAAGAUCCGAUGUAGACCGUUAGGCGAUUUACAACUCAUUGAAAAGGAAGAUAGUUAUGUGCCUUUGUUGCAGAUCUGAGCGCGACUUUCGAUAAGAUAAACAAGUCAAAUUGAAGAAGAUAAUACAAGAAUACGGUAUAACACACAAUCAAGGACAGAAUUAUUUUACAGGGAAACGAAAAAUGUAGUUAGAAUACAUAAAAAGAAGGAUUUUAGAUGAUGAAAAUAGACAUCUUUGUGCCUACUGAGUUCGACGUUAUUUAUGUUAUACAUGGCGAACUUAGAAGAAUAUAUAAAAGGAGGACAAGCAGAGGAAUCAUGAUAAAUAUGGAGAAAAUUUGAUCACUAGCUUAUGCGGAUGAUGAAGUAUUAAUAGCGAAAGGCCCUAAGGAAUUGAAAGAAAUUAUAAAUAGAUUUUUUAAAUAAAAUUUUGAGAAAAAAAGAGCUAAAUUUAAAUAUAAAAAAAUCGAAAGUUUUAGUGUUUACAAAAGGUAAUGAAAAGAAGAAUAAAAAAAAUUGUAAGUGGUGAAAUAAAUGAAUCAAAGAAGUUAAAGGACUGAAAUAUUUAGGGUAUUAUUUUCAAAAAAACGGAGAGACACACAUAAGAAAGGCAGUUAAAAAAUAAAGGAUUCAAUGGAAUAGGCAUGGGGAAUAGGACAAUAAAAAUUUAAAAACUAUUUUGAAAGAAGACUAAGAAUGUUUCACAGUUUAAUAAAAAAUAUUUUACUGUAUGCAGCUAAAAUUUGGGCUGAAAAGAAAUAAAAGUUGAGAGAAUUCAAAAGAAGUAUAUCAGAUCAACUUUAGGUUUAGAUUUUAACACUCCGGAAUAUAGUACUAAAGAAAACAAAGACAAAUAAAGUAAGGAUAGAAGCUGGAAAAGAGUAGUGAAAUAUGAAGAAAAGAAAAAAAGAAUGAAGAAGAAUAAGAUAAUUCUGGAAUGUUGAAGAGAAAUUGAAGGAAAGAAGGAAGAAAAAGGAUUGAGAAAGAAAAAAGGAGGAAAGAAACGAAAAAAGUUUUUUACGUUUUUAGAAAGAAGGAAUGGAGAGAGGGGGGGGAGUGUUUAAGAGAGAAGAAUUAAAGAGAACUGUCAGGCCUUUGGCCCGUGCACUUGCUUAGCCAGCAGUUGCUGGCUAUGUGCAUUCCACCGGAAAUCAGAAGAUUUUGGGUGGCAAUCGGGUGGCAAUCGAAUACAUUGCCCGGUGCGACGUUCAGUGUGAAGGCCGGACGGUGUCCUCGCGCGAGGUGUCACUCGACACCCUUGUCACUCGCGCUAUUCUCGGAUAAUAUGGAGGUAUCAAAGAAUUUUGUCAAGUUGCAACAAGAAGAACUAAAUGUUUCAGAAAUUAUGAGAUUAGUGACAUUUCCCAACUGUGGAGCAAUAUCUAGUUUUAUUGGAAUUACUCGAGAUAAUUUUGAAGAUAAAAAGAUUGAUGAGAAAUUUGAUAGAUUGUAUAAGGUAGCUUCUAAUAACUUUUUAACAAGAUUUACUACAUAUUAUGUACCUAGAAUUCUUGCAUAUUGCGGCAGAAUAAGACAAGAUUUAUAUAGAAUCUUAAAUAUUAUUGAAAAGGAAAAUAUUUGUGCCAUACUACUUUUAGCGCAUUUACUCUCUGUAUGUAAUGCUGCAAGAAAAGGAAAAGGAAAAAGGAAAGAUGUAAGUUCAUCAAAAAAAGUAAAUGUGAGGGAGAAUUAUGCUGAUGUCUAUUCUACUAAGUUUUCGAAUUCUUCUGUAAUACAAAUUUGGUCUGUAAUCAAACUAGAAUAUGAAGCUUAUGAAUCAAUGGCUUUAAAAGAAAUGAGUAAUAUCUGUGACAAAAUCCGUUUACAAUGGAACGUAGAAGGCAUUGCUAUAUAUCAUCGUAUUGGAAAUGUACCGAUAUCCAAAGCAAGUGUUGUAAUUGCGGUUUCUUCUCCCCAUAGAGAGGAAUCAUUAAAGGCAGUAGAAUACGCUAUUAACACAUUAAAAGCAUCGGUUCCCAUUUGGAAGAAAGAAAUAUACGAAAUAGGAGAAUCACAAUGGAAACAAAACAAAGAAUGUAAAUGGACAAAUACUUUGAAGAAAGAAGAUGUUCAAACAGCUAUAAAUGAAAUUGUAUCAAAUAAAGAUGUUAUUGAUGCAAAUCUUAUACAAGUUCGAGCGAAUUCGGAAGAAUUAAAUCGUAGAAUAGAAUCAUUCAUCAAAAGAAAACGUCAGCAAGUAAAUACUAUGAAUGUACAAGAAUUUUGCCGCUACAGCGAAAAAAGUAAUGAUAACGAAAAUUCUUGUGCAAGAGUAGAUGCCAUCCUUAUUCGACGCAAGGAUUCCAAAAGCCAUGUAAAAGAUGCGUCAUUGAAACCACUGCGCAUGUGUGAAAAAAGGCAGCCCGCCUGGUAUCGCUGCGUCCUCGCAGAAGGAAGCCAUCGCAUCCCACAGAGAGGUCGUCCCCUAUGGUGUUGGUCAGGACACAGCGCUGAUUCGGCCAAGCGGGACCUCGAGAGUGUACUGUGCCGUGUCCCGAGUCGCUCCGCAGUGAUGGCACCGUUCGUCGACCUUCUUCCCUAUCCGGUGCAGGUACUCACCGAAAGAGCCGUGUCCAGUGAGUACCUGUACCAACCUAAACGUGAGGGACCCAUGGACCCGACCCACUUAGUCCACGAGAACCGGGCGAAUCGCCCCGACGAUCCUCAGAUCUCCCCGCGGGCGAGCCAGUUGCUCGCCCCAGAGGUCCAUUACGAGCGACGGCUAAAAUCUUUUGAAGGUCACUCAGGAGGGUGACCUUGUCUACAUAUGUCAAGGUCAUCCAGUUCACAGAGUAUCAAAUAUGUGGGGACCUCAAACUAUCGAUCAAUCAAUUUUACGCAAGUCAGUUGCAUUGAAUACGAGUUUUAAUGCUUUAAGUUCUUCCGUUAUAUUGGAUGACAGAAUUUCUGCAACAGAAC